AAUCAAAAACAAUGAAAAUCAAUACAAACGUCUCUUAAUUAAGAAGUUUUUUCCUCCGUCCUUAAGUGCCAUGUGGCAGCUGCAGAUUAGGUGUCCAAAUCGAGUAGGGGAAAAUUGCGGCUCUCCCGAAUCUACUUUGUUUGGAUUUUUUCGUGAACAGCAACCGCAAAUCAUACGCCGUCACGGCGGUCGGCGAUGUGGUUCGAACCACGCUCGGGCCGCGAGGGAUGGACAAGCUCAUCCACGACGAUAAGGGAUCCGUCAUCAUUUCCAACGACGGCGCUACCAUCAUGAAGCUCCUCGACAUUGUUCAUCCCACAGCUAAGAUCCUCGUCGAUAUCGCCAAAUCUCAAGACUCAGAGGUAGGUGAUGGGACGACUACAGUUGUUCUUCUUGCAGCUGAGUUUUUGAAGGAGGCUAAGCCGUUUGUUGAGGAUGGUGUUCACUCUCAGAAUCUGAUUAGGAGUUAUCGUACUGCGAGCACUUUGGCAAUUGAGAAAGUUAAAGAACUCGCUGUUAGUAUUGAGGGGAAGAGUGUGGAGGAAAAGAAAGGUCUGUUGGCUAAAUGUGCUGCUACUACUCUUUCCUCUAAGCUUAUUGGUGGGAGAGAAUGAGUUUUUUGCUACUAUGGUUGUUGAUGAUGUUAUGGCUACUGGGAAUGACGACAGGCUGAAUUUGAUUGGGAUUAAAAAGGAUAGCACGUACAUUAUUUCUAUGCUUCAUUCCACUACUAUGGUUGUUGAUGCUGUUAUGGUUUACUCUGCAUGUUCCUGGAGGUAACAUGCGAGACUCUUUCCUAGUUGAUGGUUUUGCUGGUUUUGAACAACAGCCAAAGAAGUUUCUAAAUCUCAAUAUCCUCCUGCUUAACAUCAAAUUGGAGUUGAAAUCUGAGAAAGAAAACACUGAGAUUAGGUUGGCAUUAUAAUUUCAAGUUUUUUUUUGUAAGGUUUUUGGCAACUUUGUAAUUUUCUUAUGUUUUCAAUUUAAAUGUUAUAUGUUUUCUUAAA